AAUGUCAACAUUUGGAAAACUGCCCAUUUCUUUCUAAAAUAAUUAAUAUUCUGUCAAAUUUAAAUACUUUAUUGAAUUAUACAAUGCAAGAUGUCAGAAGAGGAAGAUGAGGAAUUGCAAAAAUUCCACAAUGCUGUGCGAGAAUAUAUUAUUUUCUUCUUGCUGUUCAUAUUCCUUUAUGUAUCGGCAUACUUGUUGCUGUCAUAUUUCAAGAAGAGGGCAGACUCUGAAGAUUGUAUAACUGGUGAAGAAGAUGCAUUUGUAUUUCGGAUUGCGUUCUGGGUGUGUACUUUCACGCUGGCUGUGUCAAUGGGUGCUGUGUUCCUACUGCCUAUAUCCAUUGUGAGCAAUGAAGUUCUGUUGCUCCACCCACACAGCUACUACGUGCAAUGGCUAAAUACCUCACUCAUACAUCGUCUAUGGAACUUUGUGUUCUUGUUCUCCAAUGUCUCACUGUUCAUCUUCAUGCCCUUUGCCUACUUCUUUACCGAGUCUGAGGGCUUCACUGGAACAAAGGGAAUCUUUGCACGUGUAAAAGAAGCCUUGGUGAUGUUGGUGCUAUUGGCGACGAGUGUUCUAGGAGUAUUCUGGAUUUUUCUGCUCUUCAGCAACGACAGUCAUCGACACCAGCAAACAUUUUCUGAUAUCUGGAGCAUUUACCUGCCAUACUUAUAUUCCGGUAUUUCUUUCAUGGGAGUAAUUUUAUUGUUGUUGUGUACUCCUGUGGGAUUUUUCAGCAUGUUCACCUUCAUGGGAACUCUUGUACAGAAACCACAGUUUUUACGCGACAUCAAUGAAGAACUUACUCAGUUCCACAUGGAAAGGGACUCAUUAAGAAGGAAGUUGAAAGCAACCAAGCACAACGGCAUCGAGGGUAGAGUUCAAGGCACCAUUGCCAAUGGACAUCAAAAAACAGAAGACAUUCAAGGCAAACUUGAUGAAGUCAAUGCAGACAUCAAAGAACUGGAAAAACGCAAGCAAGUAUCCUGUGUAAGGCUGCUGAUGUUUCCAGUCCUGAUGCUAUUUUCACUUAUUCUUACUGUGUUGGGUGUUUUGAUGGUGACCCAGAACAUGUUCCAGCUAUUGGUGGGCAUUAAGGCUCUACCAGUGGGAGCAAAGGAAAUGUCACUGGGAAUCACAUCUCUGUCUGCACUCGGCUGGCCAGGCAGUAUUUUAGAAACAAUACUGAUUCUAUACUUGAUGUCAGCGUCUGUUGUAGGUUUUUACAGUUUGCCAUUGUUCUGUCGUAUUACGCCCAAGUACAACAACACGUCCAUGAUUUCCAUCAUACUAAACUGUAGUGUGCUGCUCAUACUGAGUUCAGCACUGCCGGUCUUGUCCAGAACACUUGGUAUUACAAACUUUGAUCUUGUCGGCUCAUUUGGCACUAUGGACUGGUUGGGCAACUUCUACAUAAUCUUUUUCUCCAAUGUGAUAUUCGUCAGCGCCACAGUUUUAUGCCUUGUGAACAAGUUUACAAACAAAGUGCGACAGAGCAUUUACAUAAAAAUCAAGACAGCGCUGUUGACGUUUGUGUCCCAGAGGUCCAGAAAUCACUCGGCUUCAAGUUUAAAUUUGAGUACUAGUACCAGAUUUUCCGAGGCCUCUUAAAGCAGCUGUUUCACAGUUUAUUUGCUUUAAAAAUAAAGGGGUAAUUAACUUUUUUUUGGUGAAAAAACUUAUGGUGCAAUUUCAUAUGUUCGGGAUGUGAACAUGAAUUUGCCUUGUGGCAUUUUCAUUUUUUUGCUGUGAAUAUUCAGUGCAUUUUAACAGGUUUGGGCUGUACAAAAAACAUUUCUUCUCGUCUUUAGAAGUUUUGUGUUACUUGUAAAAGAUUUGUAAAGUAUCUAACUUACACUUUGAUUCAAGAAAAAAAAUCGCUUCCUAGUAAUAUAAAACCCUAUAAUUUUAAUAACACAAACACUCAUAAUACAUUUUAAACAGAUUUUAUUUGAUUUACAACAGCAUUAUACAUGAGUUGUUUUUAAUAAUUUAAUAAAUUCUUCUUUACAAAAUUAAUUGUGAAGAGAUAUCUUUUUCUAAUAGCCCAAAACUGGAUUCUUUAGGUGGAAAUGAACAGCUAAAGGCUUUUGUUAAAGUUAUUUGUGUGUUAAAAGAGAUGUUAUUUACAUGUACCUUUGGUGCUUGUGUAUUGCCAUUCAGUUGUAGACUCAAAGCUGAUUGUGUUGCUACCUUUAUAGUAUUGUACCUCGAUGCAAGCUUUUAGUAGUUAACAAGUGUUGCAGGAGGUACAGAGGCAUAAUCAAGUAUUCCAUGUGAUACAGUUUUUCUCCGGUUUUACUUUUAUGACUGCUUAAAUAGAUUGCCAUAUUUAUCUUUUGAGCAGUCGUUCAGUCAUGCAAGCAUUGGAGACAAAUAUUUGUUGUGUAUUUUGCCUGUUAACUAAUUAGCUCUCAUUUGUGGUAUACGUGUUAGCUGUUCUCAGUUGCCAAAAGACUUGGCACAGUGUUUGAUUGCACUUAAGUUGUUAACCUUUUAGUUCAUGAUUUCUUGUUCAAGUUUGUAUUUCUGCUAGUUUUUGCACAAUUGCCAUUAUAUUUUAUGAUGUAUUUUGCAUAAGAAUAUUGAUGAUGUUCUUAUUUUGAUAACAAAUUAAUAAUUUUUCCUGAUAAAUAUUUGGGUUGAAAAUAAUUUUUGCUCAGAAGUGCACUAUUUACUUUAUGAAACUUAGUGCAUUAGGACAACAAUAAGCAUUGUCAAACUACUCCUAUAAAGGAAAAUGUAAGCUCUACUAUAACAGAAUAAAAUAUAGCUAUCAUUCUAAAUGCUUAAAGCGAGAUUAUACGAUUAUUUCAAAUAUUUAUGAAUUUAUAUGAAAUGUGUAAAAAACGUAUAUACAUAUAUUUAAAUAUAAAUUA